AUGCAUUCACUCCCUCAAGUCUCUCGUUUACUCAUUCCUCUCCUUUUCAUUGCCCUCUUGGGUACUCCUUGUCGCGCCGCCAUCGCGCCCAACCAGAUUACGCAUCUCGUUACCUUCGGGGAUUCGUACACUGAUGUUUUUUGGGCUGGCGACGGCGGUAGGGCGUGGCCACUGUAUGUUAUGGACUACGUGAACAGCGCACGCGGUACCAGUGGGAGCGUCGUCGGCAAUCAGGCAUACGCUGACAGCGUCGCCGAGUAUCUUGGUGGCGGCAGUAGCAGCAACAAUGCCGCUAUCUCUUCCGCCAGCAAUGGCUCUCUGUCUCUACACCCUUACGCUUUGGCCGGUGGCAUUUGUUCGCACGAGCUCAACCUCCUUCCCUGGCCCUCCGUCUUCGAAGAUGAGCUGCCGCCGUAUCUCAACGACUCUAGCAGCGGGGUCCUCGGCAACAUCUCCGCAGAGAAUACUCUUUACAGUUUGUGGAUCGGGACGAACGACGUGGGUCCUGGUGCACUGCUGACGGGGGAGGCUGCGGACGGGGUGACGGUAGUCGACACGGUCGGAUGCGCUGUCAACUGGGUGAAGACGUUAUACGACAAGGGCGCGAGGAAUUUCUUGUUCCAGAAUAUGAAUCCGCUCGAGAAGACACCGAUGUACUCACGCGAUGGACGUCCGACCGGGACCUGGACGGCGGCCAAGAACGCGACAGAAUGGAACAUCUUCAUUCAGGAGCUCACAACGACAGGAAACAAGAUCGCCGAGCUUCUCCUCAGGCAACUGGUCCUUAGUCUGGACGGUGCUCAUGUGGCUCUCUUCGACUCCCACUCUCUCUUCACCGAGAUGAUUGCCAAUCCCGGUAGCUACCUCAACGGUACUGCCCCACUAAACGUCACUGGCGCAAUCCGUACGUGCGACUGGAAAGAGAACCAGGAUCCGACGGACACCGUGCCAUGCACGGUCGUGAAUGGUACGGACCGCGACAGCUACAUGUGGCAGGAUGAGCUACAUCCCAGCGAGCAGGCGAACCGCAUUGUUGCUCAGCAGAUCGCGCAGGUCCUUCAAGGAGAGAAUAACAAAUAUACGACGUGGCUCAGCUAG